GGCGGAGGGAUCCGCGGGGGGCGGUGCUGCGGCCGCCGGGAUCACCUUGCCGGGGCGUUGGGGCGGCGCGCAGAGCGGCGGCGGCGCGGGGCGAGCGCGGGCGGCAGACACAGGAUUCCAGCAGCCAUGUCGAAGCACCAGGAUGCCGGGACGGCGUUCAUCCAGACGCAGCAGCUGCACGCUGCCAUGGCAGACACCUUCCUGGAGCACAUGUGCCGCCUGGACAUCGACUCGGAGCCCACCAUCGCCAGGAACACCGGCAUCAUCUGCACCAUCGGCCCGGCCUCCCGCUCAGUGGAGAAGCUGAAGGAAAUGAUUAAAUCUGGAAUGAAUGUUGCUCGCCUCAACUUCUCUCACGGCAGCCACGAGUAUCAUGAGGGCACAAUCAAGAAUGUGCGAGAAGCUACGGAGAGCUUUGCCUCUGAUCCCAUCACCUACAGACCUGUGGCUAUUGCACUGGAUACCAAGGGACCUGAAAUCCGAACUGGACUCAUUAAGGGAAGUGGCACAGCAGAAGUGGAGCUGAAGAAGGGUGCACCACUCAAAGUGACCCUGGAUGAUGCUUACAUGGAGAACUGCGAUGAGAACGUGCUGUGGGUGGACUACAAGAAUAUCACCAAGGUUGUAGAAGUUGGCAGCAAAAUCUAUGUGGAUGACGGGCUGAUUUCCUUGCUGGUUAAGGAGAAAGGCAAGGACUAUGUCAUGACCGAGAUCGAGAACGGUGGCAUGUUGGGCAGCAAGAAGGGAGUGAACCUGCCUGGCGCCGCGGUCGACCUGCCCGCGGUCUCUGAAAAGGACAUUCAGGACCUGAAAUUUGGUGUGGAGCAGAACGUGGAUAUGGUGUUUGCCUCCUUCAUCCGCAAAGCUGCUGAUGUCCACGCCGUCAGGAAGGUGCUGGGGGAGAAGGGAAAGAACAUCAAGAUCAUCAGCAAGAUCGAGAACCACGAGGGCGUGCGCAGGUUUGAUGAGAUCAUGGAGGCCAGCGAUGGCAUCAUGGUGGCCCGUGGGGACCUGGGAAUUGAGAUCCCUGCUGAAAAGGUCUUCCUGGCCCAGAAGAUGAUGAUUGGGCGCUGCAACAGGGCUGGCAAACCCAUCAUCUGUGCCACUCAGAUGCUGGAAAGCAUGAUCAAGAAGCCUCGUCCCACCCGUGCCGAGGGCAGCGAUGUUGCCAACGCCGUCCUGGACGGAGCAGACUGCAUCAUGCUCUCUGGAGAGACCGCCAAGGGAGACUACCCGCUGGAGGCCGUGCGCAUGCAGCACGCUAUAGCUCGUGAGGCUGAGGCCGCAAUGUUCCAUCGUCAGCUCUUUGAAGAAAUUUUACGCCUCAAUGUUAACAACAGGGACCCUGCUGAUGCCAUGGCAGCGGGCGCAGUGGAGGCCUCUUUUAAGUGCUUAGCUCCAGCCCUGAUAGUUCUGACCGAGUCUGGCAGGUCGGCACACCUGGUGUCCCGGUACCGCCCGCGGGCUCCCAUCAUUGCCGUCACCCGCAAUGACCAGACGGCGCGCCAGGCCCACCUCUACCGGGGCAUCUUCCCCGUCCUCUGCAAAGAACCAGCCCAUGAUGCCUGGGCAGAGGACGUGGACCUUCGUGUCACCCUGGGCAUGAAUGUUGGCAAAGCCCGUGGCUUCUUCAAGAGCGGCGACCUGGUGAUCGUCCUGACGGGCUGGCGCCCCGGCUCUGGCUACACCAACACCAUGCGCGUGGUGCCCGUGCCCUGAGCACCCCAGCACCCCCUCCCCACCCCGCCCUCCCCACCGCUCCCCUCGCGUUAGACCAGCCCCCCCCUGCCCUCUCCCCCUCCCCAGUGUGGAUGUAGGUUGCACAGCCCUGCCCAGCGCAGCCGCAGGGACAGACCUUCAGUCACUUAAAAGAAAGAAAGAAAAAAAAAAAAAAAAGUUCUAUAUACUUGAAGUGUUUAGUUUUUUUAAAGACCUUUCCCUGAUGUGUGUCAGUCAGCGUAGGUGUUGCCAGGACUCCUGGGAGCCUGGUGGCUGUCCUGAGUGUGACAUGUCCUCUGGGUGUGACAUGUCCCCUUCCCCCCCCACUCCAGGGUGAUGGGGAAGGGGGGCGAUGUGGCCACGCUUCCCCUCUGCCCUCCUCUCACUCCAGGCAAGCUGCUAUCCCCCCUCCCCUGCAGCCACAGCCCCCCCCAGACCAAGUUCCAAGUGACUCCAGCUGUUUCCCAGGGGUAGGGGAGGAGAAGGGUGUUGGCUCCCUGCACACAGCGUCCCCUGUCUCGUGUUAGUUGUGUCCCUCCGCCCGCGUCCCUCACUCUGCCGGGCCCUGGGGUGGUAGAGCACAAGUUUCCAUCAAUAAAGAGCAGCUGAAGCACC